AUGCCCAGCUGCGAUCUCAAGGGGCCACGGGGGAUAGACGGGACGCCGGGGCCACGGGGGAUAGACGGGACGCCGGGAGACAGAGGAUACAAGGGGGACCCUGGAGAGGGGAUCCGGGGGAACCGGGGGAACCGGGUGAAACGGGCUCACCGGGGGAUCCGGGGGAACCGGGGGAACCUGGUGAAACGGGGUCACCGGGGGAUCCGGGGGAACCGGGUGAAACGGGGUCACCGGGGGAUCCGGGGGAACCGGGUGAAACUGGUGAAACGGGGUCACCGGGGGAUCCGGGGGAACCUGGUGAAACGGGGUCACCGGGGGAUCCGGGGGAACCGGGUGAAACUGGUGAAACAGGGUCACCGGGGGAUCCGGGGGAACCGGGUGAAACGGGGUCACCGGGGGAUCCGGGGGAACCGGGUGAAACUGGUGAAACGGGGUCACCGGGGGAUCCGGGGGAACCGGGUGAAACUGGUGAAACGGGGUCACCGGGGGAUCCGGGGGAACCGGGGGAACCUGGUGAAACGGGGUCACCGGGGGAUCCGGGGGAACAGGGUGAAACUGGUGAAACGGGGUCACCGGGGGAUCCGGGGGAACCGGGUGAAACUGGUGAAACGGGGUCACCGGGGGAUCCGGGGGAACCGGGUGAAACGGGGUCACCGGGGGAUCCGGGGGAACCGGGUGAAACUGGUGAAACGGGGUCACCGGGGGAUCCGGGGGAACCGGGUGAAACGGGGUCACCGGGGGAUCCGGGGGAACCGGGUGAAACUGGUGAAACGGGGUCACCGGGGGAUCCGGGGGAACCGGGUGAAACUGGUGAAACGGGGUCACCGGGGGAUCCGGGGGAACCGGGUGAAACGGGGUCACCGGGGGAUCCGGGGGAACCUGGUGAAACGGGGUCACCGGGGGAUCCGGGGGAACCGGGGGAACCGGGGGAACCUGGUGAAACGGGGUCACCGGGGGAUCCGGGGGAACCGGGUGAAACUGGUGAAACGGGGUCACCGGGGGAUCCGGGGGAACCGGGUGAAACUGGUGAAACGGGGUCACCGGGGGAUCCGGGGGAACCUGGUGAAACGGGGCCACCGGGGGAUCCGGGGGAACCGGGUGAAACGGGGUCACCGGGGGAUCCGGGGGAACCUGGUGAAACGGGGUCACCGGGGGAUCCGGGGGAACCGGGGUGAGAAAGGCGACCCUGGACUCACGACUGAGGAAAUCGACGCGGCCAUUGUUGCAAAGCUGAAACUCGUCUGUCCCUGUGGACUGGCCUGUCGUGAAACCCCCCUAGAGCUGGUCUUUGUGGUCGACACCUCGUCCAGCACCACGUCCCAGGACCUGGCUCACGUCAAGACGUUUUUGAAACGUGUCUUCGACCGAGCGUCUGUGAGCCCGGAGCUCACCAGGAUAGGACUGAUCAACUAUGGGGACACGGCCACAGUUGUGAUUACCUUGACUGAAGACCUGACCACGGAACAGAGGAAGGCCGAAGUGGAUUCCUUAUCCCGUGUCGGCGGGGACCCCUACACGGCCACGGCCAUCGAGCAAGCCUUCACCACGUUCCAGGAUGCUCGCGAGGGAGUGGAGAUGGUGGCCGUCAUCAUCACGGCCAGCAUCAGCCACUUCAAUGACCCGGUGCAACUUUCAACUGCGGUCGAGCAACUCCAGGAGUACGACGUGGAGGUUUUCACCAUUGGAAUCGAAUUGGAGGACGACGACAACUUCAGAGACGAGAUGAGAUUCCUGGCCUCGGACCCCAACUUUUACCACACUUUCUUCAUUGGCAGAUUCGUUCGACUUCCAGCGGUUGAGAGAAAUCUGCUGAGGAGCCUCUGUGAGGAGGACGGCACUCGAAUCUUCAGGCCCAAUAGGAAUCCCAAUCCUGAACUGAAUGCUGACAUGGCUGCCGACAUGAAUGUCACCAUGCCAUUCUGGUUGUCGCUGCAUAACAACUCGGCCAACACGUCGCUGAACUCCUUCGGUCAACCCUUCAGCUUAGACCCGCUGUUCUACGAAGACGGUGUGAUGACUGCCCAGCUGGAUGAGUCACCUGACUCUGUGAUAUUCCCUCCCACCACCACAUCAGACAUGACAUCUGGGUCCUCACUGCAUCAGGACUCGGAGAACACGAGUCCAUCUGUCCGCAGUAAGCCCCUCAGUUGGGACCCACAGUUCUUCAGAGACCCUGUGAAAACCCAGGACACGGAGCCCUCGGUGACCAGCCAGCUGGAUGAGACGACCGUCUCUGUGACAUCGACUCCAGCCACCACAACAGACGCUGACAGUCUCACCACAGAAACGGUGUUUGGGAAAAGAAGCAGCUUGACGGGGGGCAGAACCACAGCGAAGCCCAUGUCCAGUUUGGUCCCGCUUCACUAUAGCAGCUAUGAUUUCUUGGCAUCUUUCCUAAACAAACCACCCAAAUCGGAGCUUUUGAAAAAGAAGAAAUUAAACAACAGCUGA